GUAAUCACAUUAUAGAAAAAAAAAAAAAAGAGAAAUACAUUCUUGGCAGUGAGUAAUAAACGUGAGGAGAAGAAAGAUAGAGAUAAGUACCAAAUUCACGGUACUAUUGGCAAUUGCGUUUAUGUGUGUGACUUUAUGGCAUUUGUGUCAAAUUUAGUAGAAGUGUUGAUUAUACAAUUACUAUAUUCAUAAUAGAUUUUAAAUAAAUACUAAUGUUAAAAAGAGUAUCGUUUAGUGCCAAUAUCCAUGAGGCGCUUUCAAUGAUCAGUACGAAGAAGAGCGUACGAGAAGAACGAUGUUGUAACUAACGGCCAAAAUGGAAGAGCAAAGCGUUCACAGCAGUAUCAGUGAUAUAAAUAGUGAAGAGGCAGUUAGAAGUGAACUUAUGAUUAUACCACGUAAGAAAAGGAUAUGUUUAGUUGGUGCAGCUGGGGAUGAUCCUGCACUUGGUGCUGCUGCUCAGCAGUUUAGUGUACCUGUUCUUAAAUCUGAAACUGGUUUAGAACAUGUAGAAGACACAACAUAUUGUACUUAUUUUAUAUUGAAAGAAUUUGAGGGACCUGAGUAUGAUGCUCUUCAUAAAAGUGCACAUAGAAUAUUGGGACCUACAGCACUGCUACAGUUGGCAGAAAAAAAGGACUCAUUACCUAGUAUUAAUAGACCAAUGUAUACACAAGCCAUGGUAGGCACAGUAGUAGUGUUUACUGGAUUUAGAAAAAAGGAUGAAUUGACGAAGUUAAUUAAUAUGAUUCAUAAUAUGGGUGGGAGUAUAAGAAAAGAAAUGGGUGCAAAAGUGACGCAUCUCAUUGCUAAUUGUUGCGGUGGAGAUAAAUACAGAUAUGCUGUUACAUUUCGAGUCCCUAUUAUGUCAAUGGAAUGGGUGACAGCAUUAUGGAAUGCCAAAGACGACAUUUCCAGUUAUGGAAAUAAUGAAGAAUUGAUUACUACUUAUAAGUUAAAACCAUUUUUUGGUGCAAGAGUAUGUUUCUUUGGUUUCCCUGAAGAAGAAAAACGUCACAUGUGCGAAGUUUUGCAACAACAAGGUGGUGAAUCUACAGAAAUUGAUGAUCCAAAUUGUACACAUGUGGUAACAGAUAUAAGAAGUCAUCAAUACAAGAAAUCAAAUAAUACUUUUGACACGCUACCUAAUAUUAAAAAUCCAAAUUAUAUUCCACAUUAUGUAAAAACAAAACCAUUUUCCUUUACUUUUUACAAUCCAUAUACUAAUACAAUUCCUAAUAUAAAAAUGAUAAAUUCUCCGCAUAUUACUCAUGUUAGUAAUACAAAAUUGGAUAAAAGAAUGAGUAUCAAUCAUUGUCCAUAUUGUUUAUGUUCUUAUAUUUCUCAACAUCUUGAACAAAAAGAAAAUAAACAUAUUUUAAAUGAUAUUAGUCAAGAUUCAGCAAUUUGUAUGGAUGAUAAUUUAUAUGAUUGUCUAAGUUUAUCAGAUAAAUCUUGUAAUGUAUCUGAAUUUUCUAUAGAACGAUCUGAUUCUGCUGUUAAUAUAUCUAAUAUAAUACAAGUAAAUAGUACAAAUACAUUACAACAAAACAAUUUUCCUAUUACUAAUUUAUUAAAACAAUAUGAAUUAGAACUCAAUGAGUCUCUUUCGUAUGAUUCACCUACACCAAUGACAAAAAACAAAAAUUGUUUAAAUACAUGUAAAUUGAGCUCUUCUAUUUUGUCAAAGCUUAGUCAUUUAAAUUUUUCUCCAAUGUUUAAACAGUAUGUUCUUACUAAUCCAUGCCAACAUAUUCUGGAAAUGCAUCAAAAACAAAAAUAUACUCCUUUACCUAGUCCUCUUCCUAUUCCUGCUAAGGUAGCAAAAUUAUCAAAUCCUGAAUAUGGUUCAAGAAGUACUUUUACAUCUGAUGAAAAUUAUUCAAAUAUUUCUUCUAAAAGUUUGAAAGGUGAUCAUAUGAAAUUGGACAAACAGAAGGACAAACCAUUAUUUUUGGUUGUGGAUGAAUCAAAUGUAAAUGCAUUGCCAGAUUUAGCUUCUGUGAGAGCACAUAUUGUAAAAGCUGAAUGGUUUUGGACAUCUGUGCAAAAUGAAGGUGCAGCUGAUGAAAAAGAAUAUUUAUUUGAAGAUUAUCUAGAAUCCGUUUUAUCACCAACUGUCUCAGCUAGACGUGAUAGUCAACAAGCUGCUACUCCAAGUACAGCGUCUACAAGACGAAAGCGUAAACGCUUAGCAGAGACUUUAUCUAGUCUGGUUCAAAAUGGUGCAGAUUCUCCAGCAUUGCAUAAAAGACGAUCCAGCAUCAGUGAUGCAGGACAUUUAAGUGUUAGUGGAAGUUUUCUUGAUUGCACAACAAGUCCAGAUAAACCAUUACUUGAUGAUAUUCCAGAAGUGGAAGCUGUUAAUACGGAUAGCUCUAGGAAAAAUUUAUCACCACGUCAUCAAGUUUUCUUAGAAUUAGUGCAAACAGAGUCUAAUUAUGUUGGUAUUCUCAGUACAAUUAUGACGUUGUUUAAAUUUCCAUUAGAAGAUCUCAUAGAUACAACUGGCGAAUUAUUAAAUUGUACAGAAGCUAAAAUUAUAUUUGGUAAUUUUCCGCCCAUUUAUGAAGUUCAUAAAAAAAUGUUGGAAGAAUUGAGAUAUAGUGCUACUCACUGGAUGGAGGACAUUAGUAUAGGUAAUAUAUUUCUGAAGUUCGCACCUGACCUAGUCAAGGCGUAUCCACCGUAUGUCAACUUCUUCGAAAAUACAAAGGAAAUGCUCGAUCAGUGUGAUCAAAACAAACCACGAUUUCAUGCUUUUCUAAAGGUUUGUCAGACGAAACCUGAAUGUGGCAGACAAAGCUUGAAGGAACUAUUAAUUAAACCAGUACAAAGGUUACCCAGUAUUAGUUUAUUAUUAAACGAUAUCCUUAAACAUACAAAUAAAAAUAAUCCAGAUCAUAGCGCAUUGGAACUAUCGAUUAGCAGUAUUAAAGAAGUCAUGACUUAUAUAAACGAAGAUAAAAGAAAAACUGAAGGUCAAUUAGUUAUGUUUGAUAUUUUCAAUGAAAUUGACAAUUGUCCACCGCAUUUAGUUUCUUCACAUCGAUCAUUUAUUGGCAAAUGUGAUGUAAUGGAACUCAGCGAGGGUUUAAGUGGACGUGGUGACCACUUAGUUUUAUUUUUGUUUACCGAUACACUCGAAAUAUGUAAAAAAAGAUCAAAGGCUUUUAAUUCAUUAAAAAGUCCUAAUACAGCAAAUGGAUUGCACACAACUAAAUUGAGUCAAGGAAAACCUUAUAAACAUAUAAAAAUGUUAUCACUUAGUACGAUAAAAAAAGUUGUAGAUAUACGAGAAACGGAUGAAUGUCAUAAAGUAUUUGCUUUAAUGGUAAGAAGUAAUCAAGAAUUGAAGGAAAAAUUAUUUUCAUUUACAAUUACUGAUGAGGAUGUAAAUAAAACGAAUUAUUUACGAACCUUAUGUAGACAAAUGGCUAAUACAGUGUGUAAAGCUGAUGCGGAUACGUUCCUGAUAAGUCUUGAUUCGCAUCAACUUGAAAUUGAUACAAGUGACGUAGCAUUAGGAACAUUAAGUAAAGCAUUUAAGAGCCUAUUUCAUAAUUUUUACCUGGAGUAUAUGGACCCGUAUGUGUUCCUACUCAAUAGCAUGUGUGAAACCACGUUACAUGUCCCACUACCGUUUGCAUCUCGUACAAGGAUGAAAGUCGGUAGAGCGUUUAGUUCUAACAAAACUCCAAGCAAAUUAAAGAGAGCAAUGUCAACAAUGAUGUCACCGUUUGGAUCAACCAAUAGUCUUACCCCGGCAAGUCAACAACUUUCACAGAUGCGACUCGCUAGUUGUAACAACAUUAACGAGCUGGGUAAUGGUGGUUCAGGCUCGCCAUCUAGAGAUGAUGUUCUAGUAGCACCUAUGUCGGUUCAACCGACACGAAAGGCCAAAUGCAGUUCCCUCAGUAUGGCUUCAUUAAGAAGAAAUUGUUCAGAAGAAGUCAUGCAGAACAAAUCCGAUCUUUGAAGUGCAGGGAAUGAAUAAUUUGCAGCUAUACCAUAUUUUUUUCUUUGACAUCGGCUAAAAGAUUUAGUAGAAAGUUUAUAAUUAUCGACGAAAAGAUACAUCUAUGAAAUAUAUAAUUUAAAUAUCGA